AUGGAGUUUGAUAUAAAAUACAGAGAUGAUCUCACUUUUCCGUCGACAACUUUGCAAGAAAAUCACAUGAAAGUUGGAUUCAAAGAUGGGUUUCCAUUAGAUGCUUGCUCAUCUAAUGGAUAUCUCCAAGAUUUUCACCAAAAUGACCAGUUUCAUGUUGAUGGCUUAUUGCCAAAUUCGAAAUCCGGGGUUGAUCAUUCCAAUUUCUAUCAGUUCGAAACUUUAGCAAAUGGAUCUUCUUCAAAUUUCAAUAUCUUUGAUUCGAUACCCCUUAUACAAGGCGUUGCCAUGGAGAACUCUCAAAAUUGUCCCUUCAUAAAUUUCUCCCCUAGAAUCACGCCUGAGGUGGUGAUUACCCAAGAUAGGAACCCCACUUUGAAUUUUCAAGAAUUUGGGUCGCCUAACUUGACAUUUUUGCCUGAGCAGGUGGCAUGCAUUACUGCAGAUAAUAGGUAUUGUAGGAAGAUCAACAUGAAAGAUGAAUGGACUGAGGAGGAGGAUAAGAUUAUAAUUAAGGCCCAUGCUGAAUUAGGAAACAAAUGGACAGAAAUUGCAAAGCAGCUGAAAGGGAGGACUGGAAAUUCCAUAAAGAACUACUGGAAUGCAACAAAAAGAAAGCAAUUAUUAAGACAAAGAUCCCAAAGCUCAAAACAUCAUAAAUCAUGUUCUCUCCUGCAAAGUUACAUCAACAAUUUGAUUGAAACUUCAGACAUUGCAAAUAAUGAAAGCAAUGCAUGUACCGAUGCCAAUAUGCAGACUCUUAAUGCCAUGAUCGGACCUUCAACUCAGCUUGCAGAGAGUGUUGAAUCUUUUGCAGGUGAUGGCUUAGUGCCCAAUUAUGAUUUUAGCAACAUCUCAGAUUCAUAUUUCGUCAAUACGAUGAUGUUUCCUAAGAAUUACAAUCGUGUGUCUACAUUUGAUGAGAUGUCAGGCACAUCUGUCAUUGAUGAAAAAGAUUUUGAGAUAAAAAUGUCAUUGGAUAUCAAUUUGCAGCAAUGUGAGACAAACAGAGACAUGGACUUGGUAGAGAUGAUCGACUCAAGCCAUUCCUAA